GACCAAAAUCACAAUACAAAAAAGAAAUAGACAAUACUGUCCCCACUGCAUUCGAUUCCCCAACAGACCUUUUUUUUUUUCGUGCCAGAAUGAGAGCAGCAGAAACUAACAACUAAUACCUAACACCAACAGUAGACUGAUCGAGCAGCAUGGAGUCGGCACUGGAGUGGAACGAUGAAGUGCGCGAAGGGGUUCUGAAGAGGCUAAAGCUGUGGCAGCAAUGCAGCAAGAAACCCGCAGCGGCACUCGUGACGGAGCUGGUGGAACACUUGAACACUCUGGGCAUUGCGCUUCCCAGUCCCGAGCUAGGGGAACUAUUAGUCUCACAGACAUGCUUCGACAACAACCACCCUUGGAUGUGGAAGUUCACUCACCACGCUCUCUCCUCGCGCCUCCUCUUUCCCCUUCAAAUACUCUCUCUUCUCGCUUCCAACGCCAUACCUCACCGCCACUCUCACCCUCACUCUUUCGCUCUCUUUCUUCCUCUCCUAUCGCAAUACGCGUUCUCCUUUCACCCUACGCCGUCUCUCUCCUGCAACCGCAAGAUUGUGAGUUCUGUGGACUCUGCGCUUCGGAUUUCAGAAAUCUAUAAGGUGCGCGAUCUGGAGAUAGGGCACGUGUUCGUGCUGUUCUUUUACGAGAUUGUGAUUUCGCUGCUCGAUUGUAUGCUGAUCGAUUGGGGAUUUCAAGUGACGUUUAGUGAGAAAUCGAGUUUGGUUGCUGCCGGUAAGGGUGAGGAUUGUAUGGACAUUGAUCGUAAUGUGACGCAGAAUUUUGAGAAGAGUGAGUACCGUGAACAGAUAAGGAAGCGGAAUUCAUUCACCGCCUUAGAGGUAUUGGAACGACUAACCGAAAGCAGAAAGGCUACUAUUCUGCUGCAGUCUGUUCUCUUGAACAUGCCUGAAAAAUUCAAUUGCCUCCAGCAGAGGCUGCAAUUUCUUGAAUCCCUUGAAUUGGCCUCAUCAGAGCUAAAAUUAGUAAACCAAGUCCUAACAAAAGUGUCUGCAAACAUGCGUGGAGUUUCUCAUUUUGAUUACUCCCUAAGUAAGCAUCGGCUGGUUGGGACCCUCAUCAAUAUGGGAUCAUGUAAGAUACCGUUGAAAUGCAACUACCGGUUUUGUCAGUCUCCUUGUUGGGUUCCUUUUGACAUUUAUAUGGAGAAUGCUAUGGAUUCUAGACAAAUUGCUACAAAAUCAGCUAUUGAUGUGCUUACAGAAGGAAUCAAGACACUUCAAAUGCUAAACCAGGCCAGCUGGCAAGAAACUUUUCUAGCACUUUGGCUCUCAGCCCUUCGGCUUGUGCAGCGAGAACGUGAUCCUCCUGAAGGUCCUAUUCCUCAUCUUGUAGCUCGUCUAUGUGUACUUUUAUGCAUUGUCCCCUUGGCAAUUGCAAAUGUUCUAAGGGAUGCCUCUGAACAUAAUUUGUCUUCUCUUCAAGCGUCAAUGGAAUCAGAAUAUACACAUGAAACGAAAAGUGAUGAUUCCGUGAAACGUGAACUGAUGUCAUCUGUUCAGGUCCUUGGGCACUUUUCUGGCCUCCUAUGCCCUCCUACAUUAGUUAUUGAUGCAGCCAAUCAGGCAGCUAGAAAAGCUGCAAGCUUCAUUUAUAAUUCUAUGAAUGCAAAGGGUGAAUCUGGCACUGGAAUUCAUGCUAAUGCCAAUACAAAAGCAGGUGGGAACUUGAGGCAUCUCAUAGUGGAGGCUUGCAUAGCUAGGAAUUUAAUGGAUACGUCAGUAUACUUCUGGCCUGGUUAUGUUUCUACAUCUGUUUUGUCUUUGUCAGAUUCAUCACCUCCAGAAAAAUCUCCAUGGUCAAUGUUUAUGGAAGGAACACCAUUAAACAAUACUCUUAUAAACUCUCUAACGAUGACCCCUGCCUCAAGCCUGGCGGAGAUAGAGAAGUUAUACUAUAUUGCAUUAAAUGGAUCAGAUGUGGAAAGGCCAGCAGCUGCAAAGAUUCUAUGUGGUGCAUCCCUUGGUCACGGAUGGUAUAUUCAGGAACAUGUGAUCCACCAUGUGAUUAAGCUUCUUGCUUCUCCGUUACCUCCAAGUCAUGCUGGAUCUCGAAGCCUUUUGGUUGAUAAUAUGCCCAUGCUAUGUGCUGUUCUCCGUGGUGCUUCCUCUGUUGAUACUGUUCAUAUACUUUCUUUGCAUGGUGUAGUGCCGACAGUUGCCGCUGCUUUAUUGCCUCUCUGUGAGGCGUUUGGCUCAAUCAAACCGACUUCAAAUAGCACUGGAGAUGAGUCUUCAACAACAUACAUGGCCUUUUCGUUAGCUUUUCUUUUCCUUAUUCGAUUAUGGAAAUUCUGUAGACCCCCUCUUGACCUGUGCAUCACUGAAUUAGGAGUUGCAGUUGGAGGUUUGGAGUAUAUCUUAUCAUUACACAAUCAUCGUGUUAUGUAUUCCCAAGAUAAGCGGAAAAGCAAUCCAAAUCUCCCUGAGUCUGCAUCUGUUAAACCUGUGUACAUUGAUUCGUUUCCAAAAUUGCGGGCCUUGUAUUGUCAAUACAAAUCAUGUGUUGCUUCAGCCCUUUCUGGUAUUUCUACUGGAAAUUCCAUUCAUCAAACUGGUAAUAUGAUUUUAAGCAUGAUUUAUCAGAAAAUAACCAAGGUUGGAAUUUCAUCAAGCAAUUCUUCGUCACCUACUAGUAGUAAUGCAUGUAGCUCUCUCAUAAAUUCUGUUGAAGAUGCUUUUCAAAGACCUAUGCUUCCUGCAUGGGAAGUGCUGGAAGCUCUUCCUUUUGUCCUUGAAUCAAUUUUAACUGCUUGCGCUCAUGGGAGGAUUUCAUCACGAGAAUUGACAACAGGUCUGAGAGACCUUGUUGAUUUUCUUCCAGCGUCGCUUGCUGCCAUUAUUGAUUACUUUUCUUCAGAAGUUACUCGUGGUGUAUGGAAACUAGUUCCCAUGAAUGGAACAGACUGGCCAAGUCCAGCAGCACUUCUUCCAUCAAUUGAAUUGGAAAUAAAAGCUAUAUUAACUCAUGUUGGCGUUGAGGUUCCUAACUGUUCUUCUGUUUCUGUUGGGUCAGUUCAUUCAGAAUCCUUGUAGUGAUCAUUGAAAUGUUGUCAUCGGUAUUCUAAGGCAUCUCAAAAGGCUCCAAGACAAGGACUACUUUAUGAAGAUAAAGAGAAUACCCAAACCUCUAGAGAUUGUGAUGUAAUUAGGUUGGUUCUCAUAUGGACAGACACUCUACUAUAGGAUAUACUGUUUUCUUUGGAGGAAAUAUUAUUUGUUGUGGAAGUAAGAGACAAAAUGUUGUUACCGCCGAAACUAAGUAUAGGGCAAUGACAUCUCUUACUUGUGAGUAUAUGUAGGUUAAACAGUUCUUCAAAGAAUUAGAUUAUUUUGAGAUUUGGCAAAUAAAAUGUAUUGUGAUAACCAAACUGCUCUUCAUUUUGCUUCGAAUCCCAUGUUUUAUUAGAGAACUAAAAACAUAAUAAAUAACCAUCAUUUUAUUCAAGUAAAGUUGUUUUCCAAAUAAAUAUGCGGUGAGUUUGUUGAAUUAAAUGGUCAACUUGUAGAUAUUUUAACAAAAUCCUUGAGAAGACCUCAAAUUGAAUUUAUUUUUUCCAAGCUUAUCCAUACAAUUUGUAUGCUCUAACUUGAGGGGGAGUAUUAGAUUAAGUUGUGUUAAAUAGGAUUUAUUGAAAAGUUGUUCCGUGCUUUGUAUUAUCCCUAGUUCCUAGAUAUGAUCUUUCCUAUUAUCCUCUCUUCCCUCUAAUGCAUUGUAUCUAAGAUCUCCGAAGUUAUUGUAUAUGAGAUCCUAAUAGAAGGAAAUUCACUAUCUCAAAUUCAUUUUCUAUUCUUUUGUAUUUUUGAACGUAUGUAAAAAAUGUUUUUUACAUUGGUUACAAACCUAAAUGAUGUAAAAUAUUCUAUUUAGUUACAAGAGUGUCUUGAACUUUUAUUUAUAUAGGUUAUUUUACAACCAAUAUAAAUAAUGCAUUGUAGAUUGUAUAUUUUGUUUCAGUAAGAUUUAUACACUGCGUUUGGUGCAUGAAGUGUAAAUAAUCCAAGAAAAUGGUCCUUCCAUCAGUUAAUAAUCAAUGUAAUAUGGGGACUUUUACUAAAAUUCAUCUUAAUACCAUUGGGACAAAAGCAUAAAUAUUUAUUAUGCCGUCAAGAAUAUGAUAUUGAUUAGGAGAUUAUGAUAUAAAAUAAAUAUAUUAAUAGCCAUGGCCCACGGCUUGGCUCCUUGUAGCAGGACGAGAUUUAGUGAAAUCUUUAAAAGCAAAGAAAAACUUGAAUGAAGAGACUGUUAUGGCCCCACUUCCUUGCCUCGGAAUAGGCUUACCCAGCUCACUAUUUUAUUUCUUUCCUCCUUCCCCUUUUUGUCAGGUCUUCCUUGUAUCAUCUCCACUAAUUUUCUCUUCUAUUCUCAAACUCAUCGGUCUACCCUGCGCUGUAACCAACACUUCAAUUUUCAGCACCUCUCCAGUUCCAUAAUUAUUGUCAUAAUCUCAUUGAAAUUAAGUUCCUACUCUCCCUUUUCUUCUUUCAUAUUCAUGUCACUCAUUUAUUUUCUGUUUAUUUGAUUGCUCUUAUUUCUCCUAGAAUAGAGAAUGUUGUUGUGGUCUAUCAGACAUACUUUUGGUUGAAAAGCCUAUGUCAACUCGAGAUAACAUCAAAUUAUAGUAUAUAGGUAGUAAUGCAGCCUCAUCUCACCCAAACUGAUUCUUUGAAAUUGAGUUGGGCAUAAAAAAAACUUACUAAUAUAGUUUUAGGAACUAUUCUAGCUAGGUUUGUUAGGUCUAUUACUUGCUAUUUAACUGUUGUUAAACAACUCACAAAUAUCUAGUCUCACGAAUGAGAUGUUUAGUCCUCAGUGUCAGUUAGUGUUAGAGAUCUCAUAUUAACUAAAGAUAAAGUCAAAUUGUAGUAUAUAAGUAAGUGCAAGAUUUUUGAGUUUGAGUUAGAUUUAAAGCUUAUUUCCUAAUACUUUUUAAAAAUUAUAUAGUAUUUGAGAAUUCAAAUCAAUGCUGAAAUUUGCUAUUUUUAAUUAGUGAAAAUGAACUAGUUGUGUUUCUAAAUGCCUAACUAAAGAUGUUUUAAAUGGAAAAAAAAAACACAUUCAUCACAUUGUAGGAUAAUGCCGUUAAGGUCAUUGAAUGCUUUCAAGUCCUUGUACAUCACGGUAGUUUGUUAUACAGUCUCAUGUAUUAAUGAAUACAGUAAUUUUCCUUUACCAUGCAAUGAUGAAUUUUCAGUGUUAAGCCUCUCAAUUUUAUCGAAUGGGCCAUAAAUACAUGGAAAGGGGUAGUGCUUUUUUAUAUUUAUUCAUUGACUUUGCUUAGAUUGGUGAAUAUUCUAAUUAGCUGCUUCUUCUCUUGACUGGAGAGGUCUUUAGAUUUGAAUUGUUUGGCAAGACUGAGUGCAUCUUUAAGUGUUGUCAUGACUUGUUUAUUACAUGAAGGAUUUAGGGUAAAUGUCUUGAGAAACACUUUACAUGGUGCAAACUGCUGAGUGAGAGCACAUUUCAUCCAUAUAUGUGCCAGAGACGGUUGUGUGCUUUAGGGGAUGAAUUUAUCCUUAACACUACUGACAUAAAUCUGCAAACUUAAUUGUUUUCUAAUAUUUUCUUUUAAUUAAUAGGGAUUCAUAAGCCUAAACAAUAUGAUGGUAGUCAUUUUAUUUGUAUUGCUUAUGAGUUAUGUCUUUGUUGUG